UAGGAGGCGCCAGCGACAUGUUUGUUUGAAAGGCCCACAUGAGCACUCUGACGUAGGGUUGAAAUCUAGCCAGGUAACGGUGUCGUUGCAAACAGGAAAAUUACCUCUUUUAGUCGACUUAUUUGGUGAUAGAUUAGAGGGACAGAAGCGUUACAAUGCCGGAACCUGCUGAUAUUAACAGUCCAGAGGUAGCGAAGACACCAGGAGGAGGCAGCGGAUCAGGGAAGGAUGAAAAUGUUGUGAACGGACACAAGGAGGGGGAUGCCAACCCCUUCGCAGAGUACAUGUGGAUGGAGAACGAGGAAGAGUACAAUAGACAGGUGGAGGAGGAACUGUUGGAGCAGGAGUUUCUUGAGCGCUGUUUCCAGGAGAUGUUGGAGGAGGAGGAUCAGGAUUGGUUCAUUCCUGCCAGAGACCUUCCUCCUGGAGUAGGGCAGAUCCAACAGCAGUUUAGCGGGCUGUCGGUCAGUGACGGAAACGCCGAAGACAUCGCACGCAAAAGCAGCUUGAACCCAGAGGCCAAGGAGUUUGUUCCAGGAGUGAAAUACUAGAGACCCUCCAGUCAGGGGCUCCUUUAUAGAGACUUUAUGUGACCGCUGGUGGCCAGGGGUCACCCUCACACAUACUUCAAUCUUCCUGGGGUUGUGUGGGGCUUGAUGGGGUGGGGCUUGUGGGUGGGGGGGUGCUGGAUGCUCUUCUAUAAGCUUUUUAUUUCCGUCUGUCUCCAUGUAUAACGUGGGCGGGUUACUCAGUGUAAUGUUCCUAUUGGACCGCUGCAGAUUGUGACUAGUUCUCCUGGAAGAUCUUUGUAUUAAUCUCAGAGGAACAGUUAUGUGAUUUCCACUAUUGUGAUAGUGACUAGCAGUUUGCCCCCGUGUCAUUGCCAUUUUCUUUUUUUUUUUUUUUUUUUUUUUUUUUUUUUUUCUUCCUGUCUUCUCUUUUAUUUUCUCCAAAAGAAAGUUUGGCGGGGAGGUGUGUGUCAUAAGAGUGGGAGGGGAAAGGGCUGGGGACAAAGGAAACCUGACAGUAUAAGGACCGUUGAUGGGUGGACCAUUCUAUGAUGGACAGAACUGGUGGCAGCUGACAACUUUUGAGGGAUUUUCACAGAAACUUUUUUUUUUUUUCCGGUUUCUUUUUUCCUUCCGUUGAAGUUCUGUCACAGUGUGCAACAUGCAUUAACAAAAAUGGAAAAAAAAUCUAAUAAAACAAGCAGGUUCCCUCUUGGA